CCUGUGAAGGCAGUGACAGAAAAGGCCGGAUGAGGGAAGGCUUUGGUGUCAGCUGUGAUAUGUACAAGUGUAGUGUAAGGGAACUGUGCAGGAGUGAAACAGUUUGAGGAAAAGGAACUGACUUGCAAACUCGGACAAACUCGCAAAACCUUCAUCAUGGAAGGACCUGAUUUUUCUGCAAUGAUGUCGAUCAGCCGACCAGAAUUGAUUGAAUUUGAAGGUAUCUCUAUGAUUCAUUACUUCACUGAUGACUGGGAAAAUGUUCAGAAAUUCCAGGCAAGACCAGAUGACAUCCUCAUUGCUACUUACCCCAAAGCAGGCACCACCUGGGUUUCCUACAUCUUAGACCUACUAUAUUUUGGCAAUACAGCACCAGAGCGUCAGACCUCUAUGCCGAUCUUCAUGCGAGUGCCUUUCCUUGAGUUGGUUCUUCCAAAUAUGCCUACAGGGGUUGAACAAGCAAAUAAUUUACCCACCACACCACGACUCAUCAAAACUCAUCUACCUGUUCAGUUGGUGCCCAAGUCUUUCUGGGAACAGAACUGCAAGGUUGUCUAUGUAGCUCGCAACGCCAAAGACAAUGCUGUGUCUUAUUUCCACUUUGAGCGCAUGGCCAAGGGGCUACCUGAGCCAGGAGACUGGAACAACUUUCUUCAGAACUUCAAGGAAGGAAAGAAGGUGUUUGGACCUUGGUAUGAUCAUGUGUGUGGCUACUGGGAGAAGAAGCAGACCUACUCUAAUCUUCACUACAUGUUCUUCGAGGAUAUGGUGGAGGACUCAAGGUGUGAGGUGGAGCGCUUGUGUUCCUUCCUCGGUUUAUCUACACCAUUAGAAGAAAGGGAGAGGAUUACAGAAUGCACUCACUUUGAUAAAAUGAAAGAAAACAAGAUGACCAACUAUUCUACAGUCCCAACCAUGGAUUUUAAGAUCUCACCAUUUAUGCGCAAAGGUAAAGUCGGUGACUGGAAGAAUCACUUCACCGUGGCUCAGAAUGAACAGUUUGAUGAACACUACAAGCAGAGGAUGCAGAACACGUCUCUACAGUUCCGCACAGAGAUUUAGAGCACCACGUCUGGAUUUUUAAAAUUUUUUAUUCAGUUUAUUCACUGGCAACCUCGACCACAUGUUUUGUAUUUUUCAGCACAUACUGUAUGCACUAUCUGAGAUGUAUUCUUUCUUAUUUUUACCACACUGAAUGAAAUAAAUCUUUUGGUUAAAUAUUUUACUACAGCUGCUUAGAAUGAGUUGUUAAAUAUCUAGAGGAAUUAGUUACUGGAACAAAAGGAUGAACAGGGUUAUUUGUAAAAGACACAGGGCCCUGUGUCUUUUACAAAUAACACUUUAAUAUAAGAUUUUAUUGUUAGAUUAUUUACUCAGGAAAAUACAGAGUGUAGAUAUUU